AUGGCUGAUUCACAGAACAACGCCAACCGCAAGCGUCGUCGCUCGCAGCAAUUGCAGCAGCGAGACGACCCUUUCGACGCUUCCUCUCCUCUUCCUGGCCCAUCCACAGCCACCACACCGGCCGGCCGCUCAUCCCCUCCCCCCUCAUCUCUGCCACCUUCCAGUCCUCCGGCUGCAUUCUCCGACUUCACUGACGGCGAGCUCGAUGACGCAGAGGUGGUCGAUGAAGAGCAAGAGGCAAGACAGCUUGGUGACCACUUUCAAGACAAUGCCGACUCCGACGACGAAGGCGAGGACCUCUUUGGAGAAAACAUGGACAACGAUUACACCGAGAACUCGGCCCUUGACCGCUACGACACAACGCUUGACAUUGACGACGCAAACCAAUACGACCAGAUGGACGCCAACGCACGUCGUCUUGCCGAACUUCGAAUGAGUCGUCGUGACCGCACUGAAGCUGCCACCCGUGGAAGCCGCUCUCGCGCUCCUGAGUUCCUUCACAGCGACGAUGGCGCUAGCGAUGCAGAUGAUGGUGUAGCCAUCCUCAACCGUCGCAGACGACGUCACUACGACGAAACCGCUGCUGGUGCCGAUGCUGCUGCCUUUGCUGAUGACCUUCCGCUCGAGCAGUUGGGUGAUGUCAAAACUGACAGCAUUGCCAGCUGGGUCGCCACCGAGAAUGUGCGCCGAGCCAUCGUUCGCGAAUUCCGCAACUUUCUCGUCACCUACGUCGAUGAGAACGGUGUCAGUGUCUACGGUCAGCGUAUCAAAACACUUGGUGAAACCAACGCAGAGUCGCUCGAGAUCUCUUUCCUUCAUCUCGUCGACUCGAAAGCCAUCCUGGCGUACUUCUUGGCCAACUCCCCUGCCAGCAUGCUGCCCAUAUUUGAUGAAGUCGCCUUCGACGUCAUUAUGCUCUACUACCCCUCCUACGACCGCAUCCACUCCGAGGUGCAUGUUCGUAUCACAGACCUUCCUACUUCUUCGACCCUGCGAGACCUGCGUCAGGGCCACUUGAACUCGCUCGUGCGUGUCAGCGGUGUCGUUACUCGACGCAGUGGUGUCUUCCCACAACUCAAGUACGUCAAGUUUGACUGUCUCCGCUGUGGUGCCGUACUCGGUCCCUUCUGGCAAGACGCCAACCAGGAGAUCAAGAUCAACUACUGCUCCAACUGUGAGCAGCGAGGCCCCUUCCGUAUCAACUCGGAGCAGACCGUCUACCGCAACUACCAGAAGAUGACGCUGCAGGAGUCGCCAGGUAGCGUACCCCCUGGUCGCCUGCCUCGCCACCGAGAGGUCAUCCUGCUCUGGGAUCUGAUCGACUCUGCCAAGCCAGGCGAGGAGGUCGAGAUUACUGGUGUCUACCGCAACAAUUUUGAUGCAUCGCUCAACACCAAGAACGGUUUCCCCGUCUUUGCCACUGUUCUCGAGGCCAAUCAUAUUGCCAAGCGAGACGAUGCCUACUCUGCCUUCCGCCUCACUGAGGAGGACGAGCGCCAAAUCAAGGCCUUGGCUAAGGAUGAACGUAUUGGCAAGCGCAUCAUCAAGAGUAUCGCUCCUUCCAUCUACGGUCACGAGGAUAUCAAGACCGCCAUCGCUCUCACUCUGUUCGGUGGUGUUCCCAAGGACAUCGGUGGCAAGCACCGAAUCCGCGGUGACAUCAAUGUUCUUUUGCUUGGUGAUCCCGGUACCGCCAAGUCGCAGUUCCUCAAGUACGUAGAGAAGACAGCUUCGCGAGCCGUCUUCACAACUGGUCAGGGUGCUUCCGCUGUCGGUCUCACUGCGUCGGUGCGCAAGGAUCCUGUCACUCGCGAAUGGACGCUUGAGGGCGGUGCACUCGUGCUUGCUGACAAGGGUGUCUGCCUUAUCGACGAGUUUGACAAGAUGAAUGAUGCUGAUCGAACCUCCAUCCACGAAGCCAUGGAGCAGCAGCAGAUCAGUAUCUCCAAGGCCGGUAUCGUGACCACAUUACAGGCACGAUGUGCCAUCGUAGCAGCAGCCAACCCUAUUCGUGGCCGAUACAAUCCAACGAUCCCAUUCAACCAGAACGUCGAGUUGACAGAGCCCAUCUUAUCGCGUUUCGAUGCACUCUGCGUUGUCAAGGACACUGUGGAGCCAGUCAAGGACGAGAUGCUGGCUCGCUUCGUCGUGGGCUCGCAUCUGCGAUCGCACCCCAAAUUCGAUGACGAGACCGACGAGCAGCUCGUGGCCACUUCGCUCGACGCCGACAUCUUGCCUCAGGAUCUUCUCAAAAAGUACAUCAUGUACGCCCGAGACCACGUGCGACCUUCGCUCAACGCGUUGGAUCAGGACCGGAUCUCUCGAUUGUACGCUGACUUGCGCCGAGAGUCGAUUUCAACUGGCAGCUUCCCCAUCACGGUGCGUCACUUGGAGAGUAUGAUCCGCAUGGCUGAAGCAUCGGCCAAGAUGCAUCUGCGUGACUACGUGCGCACCGACGACAUUGACGUUGCCAUCCGUGCCACUGUGGAAUCAUUCGUGUCGGCUCAGAAGAUGAGUGUCAAGAAGACUUUGGAGCGUGGCUUCCGCAAAUACCUCCACCAGAGCCGAGACCACGACGAGUUGCUCUCGUUUAUCCUCGGUUCGAUUGUCAAGGACCGAAUGCGCUUUGUCCAGCUCUCGAACGGCGCUCGCCGGGGAGGCGCAGCAUCUUCGAGCACCGUAGUUACUGUACCUGUGUCGGAGCUCGAGACACGCGCGAAAGAGGUUGACGUGUUUGACAUUCGUCCCUACCUUGCCUCCAAGCUCUUCCAUGCCAACGGCUAUACCUUCAACCCGACAGACAGGUCGAUCACCAAGACUUUUGGAGCGGGACGUGCAGGUGUAGCUGGAGGCGCUGCUGCUGGUGUUCCUGCCGCGAUGGUGGCAUGA